CUACAGACCGAUCAAAGCGUGUCAGUGUUUUGAGUGUAGAUAUUUGCAGGCAAAUACCCGGAGCUAAAGAAAGUGGAACAUUAUGAGGGGUUUUUACGCACUUUUAUGCACCUUGGGAUUCACCAUAUUUUGUCCGAGUGACAUUGACAAGGCGAGAGAGAAAGGAAUAAGAUGGCUGCUUAAGGACCGAAAUGAAGAUUGGGGUUGGGGCAUGCGAAGUGAGGGGGAGGCCAUCAUGGCACUUCAGUUAGCUGACGGAGAUGGCUGGUAUAAUUCGAAAAGGCCAAGCACCGUCGCCAGCGUCAAGGAAAUGAACUUGGUUCUUCUGGCAGCUAUUAGCAACUACCCAGGUUUGGACACUGCCGCCUGGUAUGGUGGGAAACUUGGCCAGUUCAUCAACGGCCUUGUGUCUACCUGUCAAGACCCGGCAAAUUUCUAUGACCAUAACCUUAUAGAACUUCUCAUGAACCAGAUGAACAACUUUCCUAAGUAUUACUUUAACCAGAACUUUGCCUACAGCUGGGCUGUGCUAGCUCUGUGCAACUCGGGUGCUAUUAACGAGACGUACUACGAACGUCUUGUAGAUGGUGCUGGAAAUUAUACUUUCGGAGUUGAUGAAGCUGCAAUAUCAGUCAUUGCAUUGUCUUGUGUGAGAAACCGGACCGGUGCCGCUGACGUCAUACCUGCCAUCAACACUGGGAUCCAGUACAUACUGACUAAUAUCAAACCGGAUGGUUCAUUUGGCAACCAAUACACUACUGGACUGGCCGUUCAGGCUCUGUACGCAGAUAAUAAGAGCAGUCGAAAACAGAUCAAGAAGAAAGCUCAACUUACCCUCGUUGCCCAUCAACAACCGGAUGGAUCGUUUGGAGGAGUGACAGCUGCCAAUCAAGUUCUCCCCGCCCUUGCUGGCAAAUCAUACGCUGAUUUGGGAGAUAUCAAGAUCUGUCAGAAGACCACACCCCCUGUCACAACUACUCAAGCUCCGCCCACUACGACCACAACCCCCACACAACUAACAUUCACCAUCCAGGUAGUUGCUAAUAUAGAAGGACACAGUGAAAACCAGAGUUACUAUGUGACCGUUCCAAUAGGAUCAUCCUUGUACGAUUCCAUGGAAAUUCUUCAGAAAAGAGUAUCAGAUUUCAGUUUCAAGGCCAAGGACACCUCCCUUGGUCACUACAUCACCGAGAUUAACGGAAUAUCGGAGGAUCCAGAUAAGAGAACGUAUUGGCAAAUUCUUAAGGCACCGGACACCCCAUUGCAAGUGGGAGUCGAUGGCUAUAUCCCGAAACCCAGAGAUGUCAUUAUCUUCCGACUGUCUACGUAUUAGCCGAACUGGUACCAAUGACCUAAUGAAAGAUCACCCGGUACCUGUAUAUUAAGAAGACACUGACUACAUGGACUAUAUCCCAAAACCCAGAGAUAUCAUUACCUUUCGACUGUCAACGUAUAAACCUUGUAUAUCAA